CGCACGCGCGGUGAGGUGGGCGGGAAGGCGGCGCGCAUGCGCAGUGCGCGUUCGCCUCUCCCCCUCAGCUCUGAGGUACGGCCGCCAUUUUGUGAGGCCGCCGCGCUCCCGCUUCCCGCUUCCCGCUCCCCUCCGCCGCCGCCAUGCGUCCCGGCAUAAAGCUCUUCGUGGGCAACGUGCCCGAGGAGGCGACGGCGGAGGAGCUGAGCGAGCUGUUCGCCGGCGUCGCUGGGCCUGUGCUUGGCAUCGCCCUCAUGAAGCAGUUCGCCUUCGUGCACCUCCGCGACGAGGCGGCGGCGGCCCGCGCCAUCGCGCAGCUCAACGGCCACCAGCUGCACGGCCGCCGCAUCGUGGUGGAGCCCUCGCGGCCGCGGCCCACCAACACCUGCAAGAUCUUUGUCGGCAACGUCUCGGCCGCCUGCACCAGCGGCGAGCUCCGCUCGCUCUUCCAGCAGUACGGCACCGUCGUCGAGUGCGACGUGGUCAAAGACUAUGCAUUUGUUCACAUGGAGAACGAAGCAGAUGCAAAAGUUGCCAUCGAAAAUCUUAAUGGGAAGGAGGUGAAAGGAAGAAGAGUCAAUGUGGAGCUCUCGACCAAUGUGCAGAAAAAGGGCAUGGGCCCGGCCGUGCAGGCCGGCGUCGUGGUGGACAAGAACAAGCGGAUAGGCCUGGAGUACAGGGAGAAGUUCCAGCCCAAGAUCGAGGGCUUCGAGCAGCGGAGGGUCGCGGAUGCCGCCUUCCCCUCGGCCGCCGCCGGCUACGCCACCUCCUCCUCCUCCCUGUACGAUUACCAGCAGCGCUUCGGCACCGGCGCCGCCAGCAAGUACGACGGCUUCGACCCGCAGCCGCGGCCCUCCUCCCCCGCCUACUUCGGGCGGGACCGCAGCCCCCUCCGGCGCUCCCCGACCAGAGCCGGCAGCUACUCGGCGGUGACGCUCCCCAUGACGGCGCAGCCGGCCGCCUACCGCGCCCAGCCCUCGGCCUCGCUGGGGGCCACCUACCGCGCCCAGCCCUCGGCCUCGCUGGGCAUGGCCUACCGCCCGCAGCCCACCACGGGCCAGGCGGCCGCGUACCGCGCCCAGCCCUCGGCCUCGCUGGGCGGCGCCUACCGCUCCCAGGCCGCCGUCUCCCUGGGCGCCUCGGGCGCGCAGCCUGGCGCCAACUCCCUGGCCUCCUACGGCGCGCAGCCCACCGCCUCCUACAGCGCGCAGCCCGCUGCCUCCCAGCUCUCCGGCUACAGCGUCCAGUCCACGGCCCUGGCCUCCUCCUACGGGGCGCAGGCCGCCUCCGGCUACUCGGCCACCUACGGCGCCCAGGCUGCCGCUGCCUAUGGCACCCAGCCUGCCGCCGGCCCCACGGUUUCCUACGGCACCCAGGCCGUGGCCACGCACGUAGCCUCCUAUGGCGUGCAGGCCGCCACCGGCCACGCCGCCUCCUACGGCGCGCAGCCCAUAGAUGGCCACGCUGCCUCCUACGGCGCCCAGGCCGGCGCCGUGCUCUCGGUCUCCUACAGCGCCCAGGCCGUGGCCGCGCACGCCACAUCCUAUGGCGCCCAGCCCAUGGCCGGCCACGCCGCCUAUGGCGCCCAGCCAGUGGCCGGCCACUCGGCCUCCUAUGGCGCGCAGCCAGUGGCUGCGCUCUCGGCCUCCUACGGUGCCCAGCCCGCUGCCGGCCACUCGGCCUCCUACGGCGCCCAGCCCGCCGCCAACCUGCCCGCCUCCUACGGCAGCCAGUCCGCCGCCGCCGCGCUCUCCGCCACCUACGGCGCCCCGGCGGGCUCCUCGCUGGCCGCCUCCUACGGCAGCCAGGCUGCUGCUGCUUCCUACAAGGCGCAGGCCUCCGCCCCGCUGACGGUGGCCUACCGAGCCCAGGCCUCCAACUCGAUGGCGGCCUCCUACCCGGCGCAGCAGGCCUCCUCCGCGUCGCUGGCGGCCGCCUACAGAGCCCAGCCGGGCAGCGCCUACGACGGGCCGAGCCAGCUGGGGCAGCAGGCGGCCUCCUACUUGGGCCUGUCGCAGGCCACCGCCGUCGCACCGCCCUACGAGCGCACCCGCCUCUCGCCGCCUCGCAGCGCCGGCUAUGACGAUCCGUACAAAAAGUCCUCCGCUCUGGCAAAAAGGUACAAUUCAGACCGCCGUUUGUCUGACCUCUCAGAUUACCGCCGCUUAGCGGACUCGCCGCUCGCGUACCGCCGCUCGCCGACAAAGUCCCCGAUGGAUUACCGCCGCCUUCCGGAAGCGCACGCCGAUUACGCCCGCUACUCGGGCGGCUACGGCGAUUACCUGCCCCCGGCCCGCGUGCACUCGGGCUACCAGCGCCGCCUCUAGGGCUGGCGGGCGUGCGGCGUUCCCUCGGGACACCUCCCGGUAGCUCCGCCGGGUCGCUCCCUCCCCUCCGCGCCGUCUCCGGUGUCACCAGCGGCGCAGCGCUCUCCGUCGCACCCAGCGUGGUUCGCCUGCUCCCGGCCGUUAGCCCCGGGCAGGGACGGUUAUUUUUAGCUGCCUUUUUUUUUUUCCUCCCUUCCUUUUAUUUUUUCCCCCUUCUCCUCUCCCGUUUUUAGAAGGUUUUGGAUUCACGGUUUGAAAACCUGUUGCUCUGUGCCGGGAGGAGCGCGAGGCGGCCGCGCAGCCCCUCCGCCGUUCCCUGCGCCGGCCGUAGCGUCGUGGCACCGUCUCGCUUGCGCCGCGCGGAGCUCUCGGCAAUCCCCUCGCCGCCCAGGCGCAUUUUGUAACCGGAGCGAUCGGUGCCGCCGAGCGAGGAGCGGGCGGGCGCUCUUUUGGAUCCCCGUCCCCAUUUUUUCUUCCCCCCCGCCUUUUGAAAGCGUUCAUUUCAACCCAGGCACAGCGUUGGGCUCGACGCAGCAGCACCGAGUGACGUUUUGUACGACUGUAAAUAAAAAGCUGGGCUGUUUUCCGUUUA